AUAAAAGGGAAGUGUGGAAAAAACAACUACAAGUGUGGUGUGUGUGUGUGUGUUUUGUAAGUUUGCAAAGCAAUGUCACAAGAUUCUGAGGAGAUAAAGACCAUUGGAGAACACUGGAAAUGGUCUGAAAUGCAAGGCCUAGAACUUGUUGUCUCUGAACACAAUAAUAACAACUCUAUUAAAGCCAACCAUCAAAUUCAAGAAACCACAACACAACAACAACAACAACAACAACAAGAAAGAGAAAAACAAGAAAUGGAGGUUUCUGAAGGGAAAAAAGAAGGGAAUGAAAAGCCAAGUACUCAACCACAAGCAGUUGGUUUUGGGGAGUUAUUCAGAUUUGCUGAUGGUUUAGACUAUGUACUAAUGUCAAUUGGUUCACUUGGUGCUUUUGUACAUGGCUGUUCUUUACCUUUGUUCCUUAGAUUCUUUGCUGAUCUUGUUAAUUCAUUUGGCUCUUAUGCUAAUGAUGUUGAUAAGAUGACUCAAGAAGUUUUAAAGUAUGCAUUUUACUUUUUAGUUGUGGGUGCUGCUAUAUGGGCAUCUUCUUGGGCAGAGAUAUCAUGUUGGAUGUGGACUGGAGAGAGACAAACAACAAAGAUGAGGAUUAAAUAUUUGGAAGCUGCUUUGAACCAAGAUAUUCAAUACUUUGAUACUGAAGUUAGAACUUCUGAUGUUGUCUUUGCAAUUAACACUGAUGCUGUUAUGGUCCAAGAUGCCAUUAGUGAGAAGUUGGGUAAUUUCAUUCAUUAUAUGGCUACAUUUGUAUCUGGAUUUGUGGUAGGAUUUACAGCAGUGUGGCAACUAGCUCUUGUUACUCUUGCUGUAGUUCCUCUAAUUGCUGUAAUUGGUGCUAUUCACACUAUUACAUUAGCUAAGCUCUCUGGAAAGAGUCAAGAAGCACUUUCAAAGGCAGGGAACAUUGUUGAACAGACAGUAGUUCAAAUUAGGACAGUACUGGCAUUUGUUGGUGAGUCAAAAGCAAUGCAAGCAUACUCAGCAGCACUUAAAGUGUCUCAAAAGAUUGGUUAUAAGAGUGGAUUCUCAAAAGGAUUAGGACUUGGGGCUACAUAUUUCACUGUUUUCUGUUGCUAUGCUCUUCUUCUAUGGUACGGCGGCUAUUUGGUUAGGCAUCAUUAUACCAAUGGUGGACUUGCCAUUGCAACAAUGUUUGCUGUUAUGAUAGGUGGACUGGCUUUGGGACAAUCUGCUCCUAGUAUGACUGCAUUUGCAAAGGCCAGAGUUGCAGCAUCCAAGAUUUUCCGAAUUAUCGAUCAUAAACCGAGCGUCGACAGAAACACCAAAACGGGCUUGGAAUUGGACUCCGUUAGUGGGCAACUAGAGCUUAAAGAUGUUGAUUUCUCCUACCCUUCAAGGCCAGAAAUCAAGAUUCUCGACAAUUUCAACCUCAUUGUUCCGGCCGGAAAGACCAUUGCUUUAGUUGGAAGCAGUGGUUCUGGAAAAAGCACUGUGGUCUCCCUUAUUGAAAGAUUUUAUGAUCCCACCUCAGGACAACUUCUGCUUGAUGGGAAUGACAUAAAGACACUGAAGUUGAAAUGGCUGAGACAGCAAAUUGGGCUUGUGAGCCAAGAACCAGCACUCUUUGCCACCAGCAUCAAAGAAAACAUAUUAUUAGGACGGCCGGAUGCAACUCAAAUUGAAAUCGAAGAAGCUGCUAGAGUUGCCAAUGCACAUUCUUUCAUAAUCAAGCUUCCUGAUGGUUUUGAUACUCAGGUAGGGGAGAGAGGAGUACAAUUAUCAGGUGGACAGAAGCAGAGGAUUGCAAUAGCAAGGGCCAUGCUUAAGAAUCCAGCAAUCCUUCUCUUAGAUGAGGCGACUAGUGCUUUAGAUUCUGAAUCAGAAAAACUAGUGCAAGAGGCUCUAGACAGGUUCAUGAUUGGACGAACGACUCUCGUAAUUGCUCAUCGCCUGUCUACCAUCCGAAAGGCUGAUCUAGUGGCCGUACUACAACAAGGCAGUGUUUCUGAAAUUGGAUCGCAUGAUGAGCUUAUGAGUAAAGGAGAGAAUGGUAUGUACGCUAAGCUCAUCAAAAUGCAAGAAACAGCUCAUGAAACAGCUCUUAAUAAUGCCAGAAAGAGCAGUGCGAGGCCCUCGAGCGCAAGGAACUCCGUAAGCUCACCAAUCAUCACUAGAAACUCUUCCUACGGUCGAUCACCAUACUCCCGCCGGUUGUCUGACUUUUCUACAUCGGACUUCAGCCUCUCCCUCGAUGCUGCAUAUUCUAGUUACCGACAUGAAAAGCUUGCAUUCAAGGACCAAGCUAGUUCGUUCGGCCGGCUUGCAAAGAUGAACUCUCCUGAGUGGACUUACGCUUUAGUUGGUUCCAUCGGUUCUGUCAUUUGUGGUUCACUUAGUGCUUUCUUUGCAUAUGUCCUGAGUGCUGUUCUUAGCGUGUAUUACAAUCCUGACCAUGCUUACAUGAGCAAACAAAUUGCAAAAUACUGUUACCUUUUGAUUGGAGUUUCAUCGGCUGCGCUCAUUUUCAAUACUCUACAGCAUUUCUUCUGGGAUGUAGUGGGGGAGAAUUUGACAAAACGGGUGCGAGAGAAAAUGCUGGACGCCGUGCUUAAAAUGGAAAUGGCAUGGUUUGAUCAGGAAGAGAAUGACAGUUCAAGAAUUGCAGCAAGGCUAGCUCUCGACGCCAACAAUGUUAGGUCAGCCAUUGGAGAUAGAAUCUCCGUCAUUAUGCAGAACUCGGCUCUCAUGCUAGUUGCAUGCACUGCAGGAUUUGUACUGCAGUGGCGUCUCGCCCUUGUCCUCAUUGCUGUCUUCCCUGUGGUUGUUGCGGCAACUGUUUUACAGAAAAUGUUCAUGACGGGAUUCUCGGGAGACCUAGAAGCUGCUCAUGCCAAAGCAACACAACUUGCAGGGGAAGCUGUAGCUAACGUAAGAACAGUCGCUGCCUUCAAUUCUGAAACAAAAAUCGUCAACCUUUUCAACUCCAGCCUCCAAACUCCACUUAGGCGCUGCUUCUGGAAAGGACAGAUUGCAGGAAGCGGUUAUGGGAUAGCUCAAUUCUUGCUUUAUGCUUCCUAUGCCCUUGGCCUUUGGUAUGCCUCGUGGCUUGUCAAGCACGGGAUAUCUGACUUCUCGAAGACUAUCCGUGUUUUCAUGGUCCUCAUGGUUUCUGCUAACGGUGCAGCUGAAACGUUAACCUUAGCCCCCGACUUCAUCAAAGGUGGCCGAGCAAUGCGCUCAGUGUUCGACCUCCUUGACCGUAAAACAGAAGUUGAGCCUGAUGAUCCAGAUGCCACCGCUGCCCCUGAUCGUCUUCGCGGUGAAGUGGAAUUUAAGCAUGUAGACUUUUCAUAUCCCACUAGGCCCGAUGUGUCAAUAUUCCGUGAUUUAAAUCUCCGUGCUCGAGCUGGAAAGACUCUUGCUCUCGUUGGACCAAGUGGGUGUGGAAAGAGCUCGGUCAUUGCACUAAUCGAGCGGUUUUAUGAGCCAUCAUCCGGACGUGUCAUGAUUGAUGGCAAAGAUAUUCGAAAGUACAACCUUAAGUCUUUGAGAAAACACAUUGCCGUGGUGCCACAAGAACCUUGCCUCUUUGCUACCACCAUCUACGAGAACAUUGCUUAUGGACAUGAAUCAGCAACUGAAGCUGAGAUAAUCGAAGCAGCAACCUUGGCAAACGCCCACAAGUUUGUAUCUGCAUUGCCUGAUGGCUACAAAACAUUUGUCGGAGAAAGGGGAGUUCAGUUGUCCGGUGGACAAAAGCAAAGAAUUGCCAUCGCUCGUGCUUUCCUAAGGAAAGCAGAGCUAAUGUUGCUAGACGAAGCAACAAGUGCUCUCGAUGCAGAGUCUGAAAAAUGUGUACAAGAAGCACUGGAUCGCGCCUGUGCAGGAAAGACGACCAUUGUGGUUGCACAUAGGCUAUCCACAAUCAGAAAUGCACAUGUAAUCGCGGUGAUAGAUGACGGGAAAGUAGCAGAACAAGGUUCUCAUUCUCAUCUGUUGAAAAACUACGCGGACGGAAUUUAUGCACGUAUGAUACAACUACAAAGAUUUACACAUGGUGAAGCUGUGAAUAUGGCAACAGGCUCCACUUCUUCUGCACGUCCCAAGGAAGAUCAAGAUUGAGAAACUUGAAAUUAUGGCUAAAAGAAAAUACCACUAGAAAAGGAGUAUACCUCGUGUAACACCCUUAUUAUUUUUUGGAUGCUAAUUUCUUGUUCACUAUUUCUAGUAUAGUAUAGUAUAAUAUGUGCAUUAAUCUAAAAUUUAAAAUUUUCCUUCAACCUUCA